GGUCUGGAGUCUUGCAGAGAAAGAUCCUCUCCCCCCAAAGCCCCUGCCUGCCUGGAUCUAUCACUUUGAACAGGGUGGGAGGGAGCCCUCUAUUUGUCUCAAGCACCCUUCUGAAACCUGGCGGACUUGGUAGCACUUCUACUUAGGAUUGUCUUUUUCUUGGAGACAGAAACUGGCACGAGACGAAGGGGUUCUUUUGAUUCUGUUCAGUUCUUCCAUGAAAGAAGUAUCAAAGAUGGAUGAGGAUUUAGGAAGUUGUCCCAGUAUCAUCCAGGCAGGGAGCAGCAGAGGAUCCUGGGACAGAACCCGACUGAAGAUCCCGGGUGAGGAGGACACCCUUAGCUCACAUGUUGAGCACCAGCAGUUCAGGCAUUUCCACUACCAAGAGGCCGAAGGACCCCGAGAGGUUUGCAGCAAACUCCACCAUCUUUGCCACAAGUGGCUGAUGCCAGAGCGACACACUAAGACUCAGAUCCUGGACCUGGUGAUCUUGGAGCAGUUCCUGGCUGUCCUUCCACUGGAGAUGGAGAGCUGGGUGAGGGAGUGUGGAGCAGAGACCAGCUGUCAGGCGGUGGCCCUGGCCGAAGGUUACCUCCUCAGCCAGGCAGAGGACGAGAAGCAGAGAAGGCAGCAGGGAAAAGAUCUGUUUGCAAAAAUGGAUGUUGAUUUCUCCGAGUGGGAGAGGACUCCAUCAGACACCAGACAGAGGCCACUGGGUGAUAGUGUGAUGCUGGCAAGAGCUCCUAAGCCAUCUCCUCUUCACAGCGGAGGGGAAGCAACUUCUGUGGCACAAGAUCAGGAUUCAGUGUCCUUUGAAGAUGUUGCCGUGUAUUUCACAGACGAGGAGUGGGCGCUGUUGGAUCCUGAUCAGAGAGCUUUGCAUAACGAAGUCAUGGAGGAGAAUUGUGGGAACAUGGCCUCUCUCAGUAAGGCUCCCAAUUGAAUCAUAAUAUCAACUUUGAAAAU